UAUUGACUCCGCCUCUUGGGGAAUUCCCCGAGAACGCGUGGUGUUUUUAGUAAACCGGAAGUGAGCGAGUUGUUUUGGACAGAAAAUCAGUGUAUGUGGAUUUUCAUUGGGAGUGUCUCCAGCGUGUUCCAGCUUCUCUGCACAGAGUGUGAGAGAACAACCUGUAUGGAGGGAAGCAGAGAGAGAGAAACCAAGAUGACCGAAUCUUCAGACAGUCAGGAGUUUGCAGAGCUCUGGCUGAAGAAUCUCAUGGGAGUGGAAGAGUCUGGAGUUCCUGAUGACAACUCAUGGGAAAAAGAAGAGCCGAUCCCUGAGGAUCUGCAGGACGUUCCCUGUGAGUUUCUGCUCAGAGACAUGCUACAGCCACAGUCCUCAUCAUCUCCUCCGACCUCCACUGUCCCUGUCACCUCCGAUUACCCUGGACUCCACAACUUCACCCUGCACUUUCAGAAGUCUAGUACGGCCAAAUCGGUCACCUGCACGUACUCUCCGGAGCUGAAUAAACUGUUCUGUCAGUUGGCAAAGACGUGUCCUGUGCUCAUGGCAGUGAGUUUUCCUCCACCAUCAGGUUCUGUGCUCAGAGCCACUGCUGUGUACAAGAGAUCAGAACAUGUGGCUGAUGUGGUGCGCCGCUGUCCUCACCACGAGAGGAGUAACGACACUGAGGGCCCAGCUCCUCCCGGUCACCUGCUCCGUGUGGAAGGGAAUUCCCGAGCGGUUUAUCACGAAGACUUAAACACACAGCGCCACAGUGUGGUGGUGCCCUAUGAACCUCCUCAGGUGGGAUCAGAGUGCACCACUGUGCUGUAUAACUACAUGUGUAACAGCAGCUGUAUGGGGGGAAUGAACCGCCGGCCCAUCCUGACCAUAAUCACUCUGGAGACCCAGGAUGGUCAGCUCUUGGGCCGGCGCACUUUUGAAGUACGUGUGUGUGCAUGUCCUGGGCGUGACAGGAAAUCAGAGGAGAACAACUUCAGAAAACAGCAGGAAUCCAAAACCUCGGGCAAAACCCUCACCAAGCGCAGUUUAAAGGAUCCUCUCCCUCACACAGAGGACAGUAAGAAAUCCAAGAACACCAGCAGUGAUGAUGAAAUUUACACGCUGCAGGUGCAUGGAAGAGAGCGUUAUGAGUUUCUGAAGAAGAUUAAUGAUGGUCUGGAGCUCAGUGACCUGGUGCCUCCUGCUGACCAGGAGAAGUAUCGACAGAAACUUUUGUCUAAAGCCUGUAGGAAGGAGAGAGACGGAGCUGCAGCAGAACCCAAACGAGGGAAGAAGCGACUGAUGAAGGAGGAGAAGAGCGACUCUGACUGAGAGAGAGAGAGAGAGAGAUGGGGAAGGGUGGAGAUGGGUUCAUUUACAAUCUGUCCAGAUAAAAAAAGAAAGCUGUGAGUGUUUGUUAAAGUUCAGCUUGUUGAUGUUACUGUUAGAGACGCCACAGUUUAACUGCUGCUCAGAGUGAAAUCCACACUGGAGGAGAUUCACUUCUGUUACCUGUCUACAGCUCUGCAGCUCCAGUGUAAAUGUACACGAGCAGGAGACACACUUAUUGUCAUGUUCACGUCGAUCAUCUCCUGACCUGUUCCACACACACACACUCACACACACACACACACACACACACACACACACACACACACACAACACUGCCUCUCUAGGUGCUCUCCUGCCAAGUGAUAUACUGAAAUAUGUUAAUGGAACCCAAACAUCAGAGUUUUGUCCCAGCUCAGUAAAUCAGAUCUAGAACCUGUUCAUAACUUUCAAGUGUUUUAUAUCAUGUGAAUGAGUCGGGUUACAUUUUUCAGGGAAUAAAAUGACCUCUGAAACACUUGUGUGUAAUUAAACUGCACCUGAUUGGUUGAAUCACAAUUUUAUUCCCUACUUCUGAUUGUUUGGGUAGCUUUACUGUCAUUAACACUUUGUAAUCUUUGUAUUUUAAUGGUGCAUGAAAUAAAAUCUCCCUCAGGGCACCUGAUAAUCUUGAUAUAAAACAUUUCUACUAUUUUCACUCACUGAAGUUUUCAUGUUGUAUUUCAUGCUGCAGUCAUCUAUCAUUUAUAUGUAGUUUUAUAUACAAACUUGUUUAGCGUUUGGUUUAAAAAAACAUCUAAAACAAUAAAACUUGAUCUUAAAUUUU